AGGAUAUAUGUUUACUGAGUCUUUUCUUUUUUUUUCUUGGUUUCUUAUUCACACUGCCUUUAUUAUCAACAUGUAUUCACCAGAUCAAUGGGAGAUCCUUGCUGAAGUGAAUAGUGUCACUUGCAUUACCAUUGUAUCUUUAAUAUUUGGCCGAAAAGUAGCUAGUAUUGAAGGACCUAUACAUUACGUUCGAGGUCUCUUGCUUUUAAUGUAUACUUUAUCAUGGGCAUAUAAUCUCAUUGCUUGUAUGUUGACCAGCACAAACAAUGGCAACUAUAUCUCUUGUGUAAUGACAAACUUCAAUUGUACUGUGCUAUACACAGUGACUAAAGUUGUGUUGUAUCUAUACUUUAUCGAAAAGAUUCAUAUCAUUUCAGUGCCCAAGACAACUCGUUUUAAAUCACCUUUAUACAUAAUUAACCUUGUCUUGUUAUUGCCUAAUAUUGCUGUUGUUCUGCUACAGAUUAUGUAUCGUGUCAAUCUGGUGGCUGAUACGUAUCCUUAUCAUUGCACUGUUGGAUUUGAUAUCCCUGCUUCUGCUCUUUCGUUGUGUUACGAUACGCUCUUGUCUGCCUUGUACAUUGGUAUCUUUAUCAAGUUUUAUUGUUUCCCUAAUACAGCACAACAGACAGCACAUCAAUCUUCUUCAUUGCAUAUGAUGGCUAAACGAAACGCUAUUGCUGCUAUCACUACCUUGAUUACUUCUUGUGCUAAUUUUAUUAUUCUAAUCAGUUUAAAAGGACAUGAAAGAGGCCUUGUUGCUUCUAGUAUCUGUGCUUUGUCUGUCACCAUUGUGUGUUGUGUUAUUCAUUGGGUGACAACACAUCCUGCUGAAAUCCAACUGAAUGAGAAAGCACUUCAAAGAGUUAAUGGUGAUAAACCUGUCAAGUUAGAAAUUAAACAACACCAAGAAGUCGUUAUUUUGACAGAACUUAAUACUCGUAUUUAAAACACUCUCCUUAAUAAACCUUGUCUCCCUCCCCCCCCCUCUUAUAUAUAUAAUUAUUCAGAAGA